AGUACAUUUUCCAGAAAGAAUCUCUCUCUACAACUGCAGGAGAUCUGCUCCCCUCUCCCCUUCCAUUCUUCCUUACCGUUCCGCCCCACGCCCACGACCGCCGGCGUCUUCCGCUCCUUCCUCGCGCAAUCUAGGUUGCUAGAUCCUUCGGUAGGGGAUGCGGAAGAAGGGGAGGGCGGUGCCGGAAUGGCUCAACAGCCCGCUCUGGUCGGCGCCCCCGCCGGCGCCGGCGCCACCGGACCCCUACGGCGCCGACCUCGCCCCGCCACCGCCCCCCAAACCCCCGACGCCGCAGUCGCCUGCUCCUCCCGUGCCUCCACCGCCGUCCUACGCGGAGGCGGUGGGGGAGGGCAGAGGUGGGGAGGAGGAUGGCGGCCGCGGGGAGGCGGUCCUGCGGGCGCACCUGCUCGCUGACUUCAAGGCCGCGCUGUUGAAGAAGGUGGUUAACAUAGGGGAGCUAAGGAGGCUCACCUGCCUCGGCGUGCCGGACGGCGGCGCCGGCGUCCGACCCAUCGUCUGGAAGCUUCUCUUGGGAUAUUUGCCAAUUGAUCAUGCUUUAUGGUCUUUUGAGUUGCAAAAAAGGUGGAGCCAGUAUAGUGCAUAUAAAGAAGAGUUUCUUCUAAAUCCUUCAGAAAAACUAUGGAGAAUCGAGGAAUCAAAGCUGUCAAGAAAGAAAGAGUUAAAUACUGAGAGGAUUGGCGUGCUCCCAAGAUCAGAAGUUACUAAUGAAGAGCACCCUUUAAGCUAUGGUAAAUCUAGCUUGUGGAACCAAUACUUUCAGGAAUCAGAUAUACAAGAACAGAUAGACCGAGAUGUAAAGCGAACACAUCCAGACAUGCCAUUUUUCUCUGCCAAGUCUAACCAGGAAUCUCUAAGGCGUAUUCUCGUUAUCUUUUCAAAAUUAAACCCCAGCAUAAGAUACGUGCAAGGAAUGAAUGAAGUUUUGGCACCUCUAUUUUAUGUAUUCAAGAAUGACCCUGACUCAAGCAACUCAGCUUCAGCUGAAGCAGACACAUACUUUUGCUUUGUUGAAUUGUUGAGUGGCUUUAGAGACAAUUAUUGCAAGCAUCUUGACAAUAGCAGUGUGGGUAUUCGGUCUACUCUUUCGAAGUUGUCUCAACUCUUGAAGCGACAUGAUGAAGAACUAUGGCGUCAUAUGGAGGUCACUACCAAGGUGUACCCACAAUAUUAUGCAUUUAGAUGGAUCACAUUACUUUUGACAAUGGAGUUCAGCUUCAAUGUAUGUCUACAUAUCUGGGAUGCUAUCUUGGGUGAUCCAGAAGGCCCACCGGACACCUUGCUGAGGAUAUGCUGUGCCAUGCUCAUCCUAGUCCGGAAGCGCCUCUUGGCUGGAGACUUCACCGCCAACAUGCAGCUGCUGCAACACUAUCCAGCAACUAACAUUGAUCACCUCCUCCACAUUGCUAACCGGUUGAGAGGAACCGUAGCCAGCUAGUGACUCUCUUUCUUCCCUGCAUGCUUGUACUUCAGUUUUGUCCAUGCGGUAUUCAUCUGGUUAUAUCACACAGUAGCAAUGUGGGUAUGUUGAACAUAUCAGUGUUUUUAGAGUGGUAUUGUUGCUGUGUUUUGUUUCGCACGUUUUGGUGUGACCAGCCGGAAUGUGGCUGAAGGUGAGACCCUGAAGGUGUCGGGGCUCUAGAUAGCGUGCUUCAGUUUUUUUAUUACAUUGAGAACACUCGCCUGGCAGUUGGCCCUACGGGAAAGGAAAGAAUUGUUGUAUUUAUUCCGUGUGAAGAAGGAUGCUGCUGGAUAUGUAAUGAUGUAGAGCGAGGGGCAAAAAGUGAUUGUUAUCUGUUGCACUGUACUUAUCUUUUUUGAAGAAUUAGAAGAUGUAGAAAAACUUGUUCAGGAAUGGAAAAACAUCGCAGGAUGGGAAUGAUUCUGCCUAUUAUUUGUUGAUCAAA